CUGUAGCCUAUAUGGUCUCCUAUCGCGUGUUUUGAUUAGGGCCCACGGGCGGUGCAACUCACGGCAGGAGCCACAUUGUCUUUAUGCAAACUUGUAUUCAUCUACGAGAUGUCUAUUGUAUGCCCAUCGGCAUAUAUGGACGCACCACAGCCAAGAAGCAGGAUUCCACCAAUCUAGAAGCCGGAGUCAGUAUCGGUUGUGUGUUCGGUUGUCACCCGGAGUCUCUCUCUUUCUCUCUCUAUCUCUCUUACUCUCUGUCUCCCUCGCUGACUCGUCGCAAUGAGUUGUCUUGAUGUGAUGUACCACCAAAGUUUUGGCGCGCACUACCUUCCAUCCUCACAAGUGGCUGCAGCGGCUUACAAAGCGGCGUGUUAUGGCCAUCACCAGAGGAAGCCUAGUGCAUACAGUAAGGUGCAUGAGUGUUUGGAGCAGCAGAUGCAUCAGCAGCAACAGCAGUUCCCACAGAGCCGAGUCGCAGGGAUGCUGCCCAGGGAGCAGGGCCUCCGGCGGGCAUCGCUCACUCCGGGGUCUCGGUGUAGCGACAGCAGCGGUGCUAGCAGCGGUGCUAGUGGCGGUGGCGCCCCGGAGGAUUGCGUCAUGACCAAGGACGGCAGCGGCAGCCAGCCGGCGGAGGCGGAGUACCUGAGGGCCCGCUGUGUCCUCUUCACCUACUUCCAGGGCAGCAUCGGCGAUGUGGUGGACGAACACUUUUCCCGCGCUCUCAGCCAAUCAGGGUCUUUCUCCAGGGACACCAAGCCGGCACUCAGGGUCACUCAGCAGCAGCAGUUGUCCUCGCCUCCGCCCGGCGCGCUAUGGAAAGACAGUGCGUCUCUCGCCGAGGGCCCCAUCAUGAACAUGUGGAGCGGCGGGGGGGGCUACCCGUCCCAGGCCGGCCCGUGCCCCCCCCCCGCCUCCUCCAUCUCCGUCCACCCAGACUUCUCCUGCGCCGCCGUCAGCCCCCUGCCCUUCCACCCCGCCGACGGCGCCCUGUGGCCCGGCCACGCGCUGGCCCAGGCCGGCCUGCCGGACCCCCACUCCCCCUGGUCCUACGGCCUCAGCGCGGGCCAGAGCGGAGCCGCCGGCGGCGGCGGCUACCCGCAGAUCCACGACCUCUACCCCCAUCACCCGGCCUCCGUGCACGGGCACCACCACCCGCACACGCACGCCCACCACGGUCACCACCGGUUCCCGCACGGCCACGUGCUCCACUCGUUCCCGUCCCACAGCCCCGCGGCGGCAGCACUGGACCCCCGGUUCAGCCAUCUCCUGCUGCCGGGGGGGGUCCGACAGAGGGCGUCCAGCGCCGAGGGCCACGGUUCUCCUCCGCCUCUCAGCGAGGGGGUCAAGUCGGAAACCGACCCAAGUGUUAGCAUCCCUGUGGCAGCCGCCCCCACCCUGCCGGCCUCCUGGUCCCCCGCCUCCCUCCACGGUUCUUUGGAGGUCUAUGACUCUGGUCUGGAUCAAGAGAAAGCCAAAGCCUCUGCCUGGUUCUGAGAGACAAAGAUGUCAGCUCUCGUUUGGCUGUGUGCGUCUCCUUUCAAAUACUCAGCGAUUCUUCAGCGUGUGGCUGCAGAACGGGGGCUUCAACAGCAGCACUGUGCACUGUGGGGAAUAGACUGAAUGUGGGAGAAGGACGUUUAAACAGUGACUGCAAGCACUGAACCCCACACAUAGUAUGGCAAAACCUGAAACACACACUUCUUUUCGAGUUAUUUUAUUAAUGAGGGUGCGGAUGCUGUGCAGGUGAAGAAAAAAAGCAGAGGAGUUUAAGUGCACUAAUGAACUCACUCAUCCAUUGUUUGACUCAUUAAGGCGUCACCAUUGUCCAUGGUUUGAAGAGACUGGAUGAUCGCCUCCUUUUUUUCUUAAAUCGGGUUUACUGACACGUUCACUACAGCACGUGUUCUACAUCCAUGAAGGUCUGUUUUUCUGUUUCUUUGCUGCCAUUUAUUUCUUUGCUGCCAUUUAUAUAAGUUAAACUACGUUCCGGUUCUGAACUUAAACAAAUUGCAAUUAUUUUGUCAUAUAAGUUAAAAUGCUUUUAUUUUUUAAAAGAUGAACAAAGCCAUAUGGUUCUGUUUCAAGAACCCAAAUUUUACAAAUGUGUGUGUAUUAUUUUAUGUGUCAUUCUGUUAUUGCAAUGCACAUUGGUCGUCUGCAUCUCGUUCAACGGAGGGUACUUUCAUUAUUUUCUUUGGCACUAAAAAUGUUGAGAGUGUAAAUAUUGUCAUGCAAUAAAUCUGAUGAAUGUUGCCACAAAUCAUUGGAUCUUAUUGUGCAUCAAGAAAAGCGAAUAAGCGUGUACUUUAUUAAA